GUUGCACUCCCUGCUCCAAAGGUUGGGUCUACUUUGCCAAUUCCUGCUACUUCUUCUCCAAGAAGAGUGUGAAUUCCUGGGCCAGUGCCCAGAGGUUCUGCUCCACCCUGGGCACAAACCUGCUCCAAGUGGACAGCAACGAGGAGAAGGUCAGGGGGGACAGGGAUCCAGGUGCCCCCAGG